UAUACGUAAAAAAACACUCAUUUUUUCUAUCAACUAACUGUAUGUGUAACUUGAAACAAAAAAUAUUGUCGACAUUGUUGAAAUGUUGGGAACAGUGAAAACUAUUUCAAACUAGGUUGCAUUUUGUUUUUCGACCUGAAUUUUUCUAGGACUGUUCCACAAGGCAGUCUCAAUGAGUGGUUCCCCGAUUGGGAUUUGGCCAAUUAAAACGAAUCUCCUAGAAGCAGCAAAGAAACAGGCCCGUUUAGUUGGAUGUCCAGAUGAUACUUCAGAGAAAAUAGUAAAAUGUCUAAAAAAGGUUCCAGCUGAACAAUUAGCUGAAUCUUUGCUAGGAUUCUUGGAAUUUGGUACCAAUCCCAUGAUGAUUUGGGGACCUGUGAUCGAGGGAGAUUUUGGACAACAGAAAUUUUUGACGGAGCAUCCCAUUCGCCUUAUUACAAAAGGAAAUUUCAUGAAAGUGCCCUAUAUUGCAGGUCAAACCAAAGAUGAAGUAGGCUUCAAAGCAUUUG